AUGUCCGACGACGAGCGCGAGACCAAGCCCUUCAAGUUCGUCACCGGUGUCGACGCCCGCUUCCCCAACCAGAACCAGACCAAGCACUGCUGGCAGAACUACGUGGACUACCACAAGUGUAUCAACGCCAAGGGCGAGGACUUCGCCCCUUGCCGCCAGUUCUAUCUUGCCUACAAGUCCCUGUGCCCCAGCGGCUGGCACCAGCGGUGGGAUGAGCAGCGCGAGGCUGGCAACUUCCCCGCCAAGCUCGACGCAUAG